AUGAAUCGCUUUCGAAAGAGCAAGAAACGUGGCGAUGGGCCUGAACCAUCAGACGUCCCUCCGGUCCCUAUAUUCUCCAAGCAGUUCUUCAAGAAGAAACCCGAGCCAGAACAGCCGCCGAAGAUAGACCUGUCAACGGCACUUCCUACAGAUAAUGACUUCCGGACCAGUCUGCUGAUGCCCAAUCUAUCGGCGAGAUUCAGCAUGCUGCGCGAACAAGAUGAUCCCAACUCGAAAAUCGGAAAGGCCAACGAUGACAGCGUUUUAUUCCCAAAGCGGGCGUCUAGAUUGAACUUAUUUGCCAAUUCGCAGCUGGCCGACAUCACUGAAGUUGGGUCUUUACACGGAUCUGACCGACCCUCCCUCAACAUUGGUCGGUCCUCCUAUGCAUCUGGCUCGACGGAUGACGAUUGCCAUACCCCAUCAAGCAUCAUGACUAGAUCGAGGCCGGUUGAAGGCAAUACGCUUUUUGGAGGGCGUCAAAAGGUUUACAAGAUACCAAAUACCCGGAGUGAGCCUGCUUCAGAGAAUGAGGGUGGAUCAGAAGGAGGUCCGCGGAGUCCGACUAUGGGAGGGAAACAGCUAUAUCAGAAUGAUAUUGGAUCUAUAUUUCAACGACCAAAGGAUGAUGACGACUCGAAGUCGGAGCCAGAUCUGCGUCCAGAGUCUACAACUCUGGUAUCUCUUCCGUCUAAUAGACAGGCCGAGCCAUCCUCAUUUUUUGUUUCUGAAAACAGAAAUUCUGCUUCCACGACUUCGGCCAAUUCUCAGGGCCCUACAUCUAGACAGGGGUCGGUGACUGCUGAAACUUCUACGAGAAGCGCCCAGAAUUCGGCUGGAAUGAACCUUGAAAGAAACCCUACAAAAUCACGACGAUUGUACGACCGUGGUUUGGAGCUUCAGAACCAGCCUUCUGCACUUUCAAGGUUGGAGAGCAUCAGCCGCCAGCGAGCCAUUGCAAGUGACAACGGUCUCAUCAAACGAUCCUUGUCUAAAAGUGCUGUCAAUCUCAACGAAAGAUAUCAGAAACUCUCUCCAGUCUAUUCUUCCUCAUCGUUUAGACCAACCAGCCCUCCGCCGUCAUCAACUUCCUCUGUUGUAGGGAACUCAGAACCCAAGAGGUUAUCGCCUGUCAGCACAACCAACUCAGCCCAGGGACUCGCAAUGGGAUCUCCACUAAGCCCUCCCGCGAGCGAGACAGAAGAAGGAUCUGCAUUCGCAGCUGCAAUUCAACCAGAGGACCGAGGGAAAGCCACAGCCACAGGCUUAUUCAAUAAGCCUCUCUCGAAGUAUGAUGAAAGCCAAUUUUCUCAACGCCAGAUUCAGAUCCAUGAGAAUAGGAGCAACUCAUCAUUGCAACGACCAGGCUUGCCUCGAGGAGGCUCUGACGUUACAGAUUCUAGACGACCAAGGGACAUAUCUAUUACUAGUCAUCAAUCGAAACCAGAAUCCCCAGGAUUGUCUACUAGUCAGAACUCCCCGCUCUCAACGACCCAUAGCAUAGAUUUCCGCCCAGCACCUGCGCAAUCCGAGAAACCACGACUUCCGAUUAACCCUUCCACGUUUUUGGCAGACUUCAGUGGAAGCGACUCGGGAAGUGAGGUAGAAGAAGAUGUAUCGAAUGCUCGUGUCUCUCCUCUUUUCCAUCCUCAUGAAAGUGUUGGGUCUCCUCUAAAGGUUAGCAUGGAAUCUGGUGACUCUGUUACUCCGGUUUCUUCUAACAAACCAUCUCAUCCUGCCCUUGGAGAAUUCUAUUCGGAAUCCCGAGACUUAAACACAAUCAAGGAGGAUGAACCUGUUGCCGACCCCAUUCCAACUGUUCAAGAACCACCCCAACAAAUAGAAUCUGAAUCGCCUGUUCUAGGUCCAACUGGACUAAGUAGUCUGGUUCGGGCUCACCUAAGGCAGGAUAGUGACAAGUCCACAAUAUACCCUCCACCGUCACCAAUCUCCAUGGAUCGGCUGCCAGAAAAUUCUCACCCAAGUAACCCUCAUGUCCAUGGAACGAGAUCCUCAGACCUUGCGGUUAGCAUUCAUAGCAACCCAUGGGAAUAUGAUGACUGGGCUAGGCCGACUUACCACCCUGCUGAGCCUGCCGAACGUUUCAGUCAGCCGGAAUCAGAUUUUUCAAGCAUGUCUUUACGUGCAAAACAAAUGCUCGGCCAAGCAACCGCUCUUAGCAAUAAGGGCAACGAGAAAGAAAGAAACACUAACACCGAAAAUCAGGAAGAGCGAGCCCCCGCUACCUCCGUCCCUACCCCUCCUAAACCAUCCCCUACCGCUUCCCAGCCCUCUUGGGAAGAAGAUAUUAAGUUCGGUCAUCGUCGCGGCGGAAGCACAGAAACCCAGAUGGAAAGGGAAGAGUUCGCUAAUGAGUUAGCUGAAAGGCGGCGGAAAGUUCAGGAAAAGCUCAGGAAUUUUGCAGAGAAUGAAAGCAGAUCUACCAGCCCGGCAUCCAGUUAUCGUUUCCCAGACAAUGGAAACAGUACUCAAAACCCCAGCAAGGCUGGCAAUGCCUUUGCAAUUCUCAAGGCCAAAACGUCCAGAAACCAGAACAACCAAUCAAAACAGGAUCACCCAUUGGCUAAGUCGUCGAAACUCCUAGGGUUGGACAAGCCACAUUUCAACUCUUCAGCUCCGAAUCUGCAGCAGAGCAAUGAUAUGUGGCGGGAGGAGGAUGAAAGGAUGAGGCGUUUGGUCCGAAAAUCUAGAGCCGAAUCGCCAAUGGGAGGGAAUCGGCAAAUUGGCUUGGGACGGCAACCUCAGCCCCCGCAAUCAACCACUCCCCAAUCACGCCGGAGUGAGGAAGAUACUAGGAAUUCUACUCGGGAUAGUGCGUCAUCAACCUGGAGGAGUGGACCUAGGGAUAGAUCUGACUCCGAUACCUCUGGCCGUUCAAAGAGUAGGCCUAGAUACCGUGAAGAUCUGGGAGCUGUUAGAGAAAGCGCUGAGCAGCCACGGAUGGGUAGGCCAUCUAUCGAAGACAAGGCAUCUAGGAGCUCAUCAAGCCGGCCUUCUACGGAGUCGACCGACCGUAGAACAAGAGAUCGCUCGGCAUCUACAGGUAGAUAUAGGAGUAACUCUCGAUCAGUGGCUCCGAACUACAUUGACCUCCAAUCUCUCCCUGGGCCAAGUCCUACGCUUCAGCAUCCUGCUAUGACGCAUUCGUCGAGACCGUCUCCUUCCCCGAACUCCCACCCCUACUCAACUAAUGCUACUCCUCCUAUACUUGAAACCUCAUCCGCAUCAUCUACCCCAGCUGCGGGAGGAUAUGGGGGACCCCCCAUGCAAUACCCCCUCCCACAGCGAAACCCUCCUGUUCCUGGCUCCGUUGCCACACAACAGAGUUUAGGUUCCCAUAAGAGAGUGGUAGACAAGUCCCAAAUAUCCGAGCCUACUUUCGUUUCAACUACAUCAAAUGUUCCCACCGUUGGAUUGCCUGCAGGAGCUAGCCUCGCCAAUGGAGCUCCUACACCUCCAAUUCCUCCGAUGAACCCCCGGAGAAGGCGGCAGACAACCACACACAACAUCCUUGGCGCAUUCAAGGGAUCCUCGCCUUCUGAUAGAUCUGAUCAAUAUCAUCACCACAGUCCUAAGCAUCACAACCAGAAUCACCCUAAUUCAUCUCGGAGAUCAGAGGAACACAGCACGUUUUCAGACGAUGAGAAACGUCCUCGGGCUCGGCAGAGACUCAGAAAGAUUUCAAGCGAAGGAGGGAACCUUAACGCUAAGGCUAGACAUCAUUUAAUGAAUGGGAACCAGCCAGCCUUACCACCUCCCCCAAGACAUAACCGAGUCGAGGGUCUACUGUGA